GAGAGAGAAGACUGUGCGUGCAUCCACGAUAACAUAAACAAAGCCCCACACUCUCAAUUUCUUCACAAUUUAAUCCUUUCUUCCACUCCUAUCUUCUUCCUCCAUUCCUCUCUUUCUCUCUAUCUCUACAAUGAGAACUUUGUGUCCGAACUUGGACCGGGAAGACGGCCUCGACACGGUGCUGGAGGUUCCGAUCCCCGAAGAAAUGCUCGCUUCCACCAAGAACCGGUCGUGGCAGAACAUGAAGUCAUGGAUCACGCCGCGCCCGCCUCCCGCCUCCGUAUUUGGCGGCCGCGCCGCCGAGAUUCAGUUCCUCCUCGGAGUCGUCGGAGCCCCCCUCAUCCCCCUGCCUAUCCGCUGCGAUCGCACCGUCCACAACAACUUCAAAGGCUGCCCCAUCGAGAGUUCGAUGGCGAAGUACAUCGUGCAGCAGUACAUAGCGGCCGCGGGGGGAGAGCACGCCUUGAACUCGAUCGACAGCAUGUACGCGAUGGGGAAGGUGAAGAUGGCGGCGUCUGAGCUUGUGGCGGGAGAUGCCAAAGUGAAGAAUAAUGUGAGGCCGGGAGCGGGUGAAUUGGGGGGCUUCGUGCUGUGGCAGAAGCGCCCCGAUUUGUGGAGCUUGGAGUUGAUGGUUGGUGGCUGUAAAAUCAGCGCCGGCAGCGAUGGUAAGGUGGCUUGGAGGCAGACCCCGUGGCAAAACUCCCACGCCUCUCGAGGCCCGCCUCGCCCCCUUCGCCGCUCUCUGCAGGGGCUCGAUCCAAGAUCAACAGCUAAUCUCUUCUCCAACUCAAUCUGCAUCGGCGAGAAGACCAUCAACGGCGAAGAUUGCUUCGUGCUGAAGCUGGAGGCCGAGCCUCCGACGCUGAGAGCGAGAAGCAGCAGCAACGUCGAGAUCAUGAGGCACACAGUGUGGGGCUGUUUCAGCCAGAAAAGCGGCCUACUCAUCCAGCUCGAAGACUCCCACUUGCUUCGGAUAAAGGCCGCGGCCGGAAACAGAGACGACGUGUUCUGGGAGACGACGAUGGAGUCGCUCAUUCAGGACUACAGAACCGUGGAGGGCGUGAACAUAGCGCAUUCGGGGAGGACUUGCGUCUCCCUCUUCCGAUUCGGAGAAAACAACGAAGGACAUACGAGGACGAGGAUGGAGGAGGUGUGGAGCGUGGAGGAGGUGGAUUUCAACAUUAAAGGGCUGUCGAUGGACUGCUUCUUGCCUCCGGCUGAUUUGAAGAAGGAAGACGAAGACGAAGAAGACGAAGAAUGUGGCGUGGUUGGUGGUGGUGGUGGCAAGAACAUAGGUGGGAGGAUUCUUGGUGGUGGUAAAUGUGGGAGGAGAGUUGUGGCUAUUGAUGAGGAUAUGGAGAUGUAAGUGUUAAUUUUUUGAUGAUUCAAAGAUUUUGUAUAUAUGUAUAUUAUGGUAUAUAGAGAGAUAGUGCUAGUGAAGCCAACCAAUGCAUCGUUUGUAAUGUUGUUUUUUGCAUAAUAGUGGAUUAAUUCAAGGAGGCUGCGUUUUCGCCCCAAUAA